AUGCGUUUCUUCGCCACUUUGUCGUUCCUCGCUGCUGCCGCAGCCCUCGUCGUCGCCUCUCCCACUCCCCAAGACGACGCCGUCUCCACCGACUUCGUAAUCACCACCGCCCCACUCCCACCCAACUUCAACAUCGACGACGACGAAGCUCUCAUCAGGCGCAGCACCUCUCUCGAAGAGGACGCCCUCUUCGCCCGCGCAACCUGCGGCGGACCAGGCACAUUCACCACCGCGCAAGCCACCAGCUUCAUCAACGCGUGGCACCCCGACCCUGCCACCUUCCUCCUCCCACAGAACAACGUCGUCAUCAUCAGCAACGGUGACUUCCGCGUCUGCAUCUACGGCAGCUCGACCACGUCUUUGACGGUCAAGAGGUCCACCGUUGGGUGGGCUGCAAAGCAGAUUAGGGAUACGUGCUGUGGUGGUGCUACCACCUGCUGGGGAGGAUUGGAGACCGGCACUGCCGUUGGCUACAGUAGCCCUAAUGUCCCCGUUCGUUUGAGGCCCUCCGCGUUCGCGUGUGUUUGA